AUGGCUAUGAUUAAUGAUUGUGAUCACAAUUUACUUGUAUGGAUUGACUUGGAAAUGAGUGGACUUGAUUUAAAUAUGCAUACAAUUGUCGAAAUAGCAAUAGCAAUUACUGAUUUUCAUCUUAAAAAUUAUAUUGAAGGUCCAGAUAUUGUUAUUCAUCAUGAUCAAGAUAUACUUGAUAAAAUGAAUGAUUGGUCAAGAGAACAACAUACUAAAUCAGGAUUAAUUGAAUUAAUUCGACAAAGUCAAAUAUCAUUAUAUAAUGCUGAAACAACAGUUAUUGACUUUCUUAAACGUUAUUGUGCAUCCGGUACUGGAAUUCUGGCUGGAAAUUCAGUUUUUGUUGAUCGAUGGCAAACUAUCUUCAAAAACAAAAAUAUGAUUUUUCUUUCAAAUGAUUUCAGGUUUAUUGAAAAAUAUAUGCCACGUCUCAAUGCAAUUCUUCAUCCAAGUAUUGUUGAUUGUAGUACUUUAAAAGAAUUAACAUUACGUUGGCAACCUGUACGCUAUACUAAACGGCCUCACAAACAAAUGAUGCAUCGAGCACGUGAUGAUAUACGAGAAUCAAUUAAUGAACUUAAUCAUUAUCGACAACAUAAUUUUUAUCUUGGUUGGCAUGCUAUUCGAUAUCCACCUUAUCUUCCUGCACCUAUUCUUUCAAAUCCUCGUACACAUUUAGUUUGGUUAAAAACUGAUUCUGAUCAAGUUAAUCAUGUCUAUGUAAUUAUAACCGAUGGAAAUCUUAAUAUUUUAAAUCAUAUAUAUCUUGAUAUGAAUGAUAAAUGCAAUCAAUAUUCUUUAUUAGUUGGUUUUUUACAUAAAAAUAUUUUAGUUAAUCGAAGUUCUCCUAUUUGUGGUCAAUGUGUUCAUAUUGAUCGUGCAAGAAUACAACAUGUUGUACCUGAAUUUCUUUCAUGUUGUCAUUAUCGAAGUAUUGAUGUCGAUGUUUUAAAUGUUCUUUGUCGAAGAUGGGCUCGAAAAGUAUACGAAAAUCGACCAAUAAUAUGUGCUGAUUCGAAUAAUCUUGUAGCAGAAUUGCAAGGAUCUAUUCAAUUAUUACAAUAUUAUCGUGCUAAUAUAUUCAAAUUCGAUCUUUUUGAUCAAGAAAAACAGUCAUAA